UUAGUAACUAACUAUAUUGCCUCGGGAUUGGUGUUAUUUGCCAAUUUUUGCCUAGUUUGUGUAAUCUCAAUCUUAAUAAAUUUCUAAAAAUAAUCCCUAAUCCCAAUUCCAUUUUGAACGAGAAAAAACCCCAGUGAGUGAUGGCGGCCACCGAAGAUAAAUCAUCAUCAUCAGAAGAAGAGGUAAUGGUGAGGAAAAUAGGAUGUUACGGAGAGAAGGUGAGAGUGUUAAUGGUUGGGGAAGACUCAGCUGCGGAGGAAACGAUGUUGCUUUGGGGAAUCCAACAGCCCACACUCUCAAAACAAAACGCAUUCGUCUCCCAAACCUCUCUCCAACUUCGCCUCGACGCUUGUGGCCACGCUCUCUCCAUUCUUCAGUCUCCAUCUUCUCUAACCAAGCCUGGUGUCACUGGAGCCGUCAUGUGGGACAGUGGUGUUGUACUUGCUAAGUUUCUUGAGCAUGCUGUGGACUCCGGAUUGCUUGUUUUUCAAGCCAAGAAGGUUGUUGAAUUGGGUUCUGGUUGUGGCUUAGUUGGCUGUGUUGCUGCUCUUUUAGGUGCUCAUCAAGUUUUUCUUACUGAUUUGUUUGAUAGACUUAAGUUAUUGAGGAAGAAUGUUGAGGUCAAUUUGGGACAGGGACAAGCCCAUCUCAGGGGUUCUGCUACUGUUAUGGAACUUGUAUGGGGUGAUCAUCAUCCUCACAAGGAUCUACUUCACCCUCUACCUGAUUAUGUGCUUGGUUCUGAUGUAAUCUAUAAUGAAGAAGCAGUGACGGAUUUGGUGGCUACUUUACUGCAACUCUCUGGAUCUGAAACAACGAUCUUUUUGGCUGGUGAACUUCGAAAUGAUACCAUCCUCGAAUACUUUCUAGAAGUUGCAAUGAAGUAUUUCAUAGUUGGGCGUGUGGAUCAGACACAGUGGCAUCCAGAUUACUGCAGCAGCCGUGUUGUUUUAUACAUUCUAGUGAAGAAGUGAUAGAGAGGAUUAAGAUCAGUUCUUUGCAUAUUCUUUUGUAAGUCGGUAAUUAUAUCUGCAUUUUGCUUGGGCUUUGUCUCAAAUGAAUGAAAUGAUAAAGGGUAGGGUUGGGUUGGGGUAACUUGGUUCAAAUAUAACUUACUAAUCACCAAGAAAUAUGAAAAAAAGGGUUGUUAAGCAACCUUUUGGAUGAGAAGAGAAGAAACACUUUUUGACUUUGCUUAUUGCCUUGUGAAUCUGGCUUGGCAGGAGUUGCAUAAUUUCUCUGGGUAAACCCCUUGCAAUCA